AUGACACAAACAUCAACUAAUGAAAAAAGUGAACCGUUACAGCCAACAGAAGGUGCUGAAAUGCUUGAACGUUUUUGGUCAGAAAUACGUCAAGACGUUGAUUCGAUAAAUAUAAUGGAUUUUCGUGCCAAUGAUUUGCCAUUAGCACGAAUAAAAAAAAUUAUGAAACUAGACGAUGAUGUGAAAAUGAUUAGUGCUGAAGUACCAAUACUUUUUGCUAAAGCAGCCGAAAUGUUUAUUCAUGAAUUAACAUUACGUUCAUGGCUUCAUACAGAAGAAAGUAAACGACGAACAUUACAGCGAAAUGAUGUGGCAAUGGCAAUAACAAAAUAUGAACAGUUUGAUUUUUUAAUUGAUAUUGUACCUCGAGAAGAAUCGAAACCACAUAAAAAACAUGAUAACAAUAUGGGUGAAGUACAAUAUAUUGUUACACUUCCACAAGCAAGCCAAGCCAGUACUAUUCAAUUACCAAAUGGACAAAUUAUUCAAUUAUCUCCAUCGAUACAAUCACCGCUUGUUACUAUUGGUAAUUCCGGUCAACAAUAUGCAAUUCUAUCUCAGCCAAAUCAAAUGCAAACACCAGCACAAUAUAUUCAAAUAGCCGCACCUCAAAUGACUGAAACAAUUCAACAACAACAAACAACAGCACCUACAAAAAAUGUACAUGUGUCAACAAAUCCUAAUAUGAUACAAACGCAACAACGCUCUGCAAAUUCCACACAUAUAACAAUAACAGCAGCUCAACUGCAACAAAUAUUAAAUGCUUCACAAAAAACUAAUAAUAAUACUAAUAACAAUAAUAAUAAUUCAACAACACCAAAAACAGUACAACAAAUUGAUACUACAAAUCAAUCAUCGGAUGAAACCAAUACAGUUGAUAUUAAACAACAACCUGUUUAA